CGCGGAUGUUGCGCUCUACCCAGCGCUCCUUUCUCCCGUCUCCGGUUCUGCAUCACUCUGGAUCUCUCUGGAUCUGAGCGGGUCUCCCGUGGAUCUCUCUGGAUCUGAGCGGAUCUCCCGUGGAUCUCUCUGGAUGUGACCGCGCGAGGCUCCUGCUGACCUCCAGCCCACGAUCAUGCUUUACUUCCAGCUGGUGAUCAUGGCAGGCACCGUCAUGCUGGCGUACUACUUCGAGUACACGGACACUUUCACCGUCCACGUUCAGGGCUUCUUCUGCUACGACAACGCGUACACCAAGCCCUACCUGGGGCCCGAGGAGGCGAGCGCCGUGCCCCCUGUCCUGCUCUACACUGUGGUGGCCGGUGUGCCCUCGCUGCUGAUCACAGCCACAGAGUCUGUGCUGUUCCUGCUGCAGUACAUCUCGGAGGAUCUGGAUAACAGAGAGAAGAUCAUAGUGAUGGGGGACUGCUGUUACCUUAACCCUCUGGUGCGGAGGACCUUUCGCUUCCUUGGUGUGUAUGCGUUUGGCCUCUUUGCCACUGACAUCUUUGUAAAUGCGGGUCAGGUGGUGACGGGGAAUCUGUCCCCUUAUUUCCUGACUGUCUGUAAGCCCAACUACACGGCUCUGGGAUGCCAGAAUGGGGUUCGCUUCAUCAGCCAACAGGAAGCAUGCACGGGGAACGGUGAUGACAUCCUGCAUGCCCGCAAAUCCUUCCCCUCCAAAGAAGCCGCACUCAGCGUCUACGCUGCCCUUUACGUCGCUAUGUACAUCACAUGCACGGUGAAGGCCAAAGGCACGCGGCUGGCCAAGCCUGUGCUGUCCCUUGGGCUCAUGUGUCUGGCCUUUCUAACGGGGAUUAACCGCGUGGUGGAGUACCGAAACCACUGGUCUGACGUCAUUGCUGGCUUCAUCAUUGGCGGAGCCAUCGCAGUCUUUAUGGUGGUCUGCGUGGUGAAGAACUUCAAAGGGAAGCCGCUGCUGGGUGAGAUUCCACCGGAGGAAAGCGUUUCCAGCGUUCCCAUGCUCGGCCAGCCCAGGAUGGAGCACACCAUGGAGAAAUACAUAUCCUCACAGAGUCCCAUCACCUACGCUGAGGUCACAUGACAGUGAAGAAGCAAGCGAGUCCCCAGUCCUGUGGAAAACGUUGCUGCUCUCCUUGGUGACCAAUGACUUUCAGUGCAAAAUGAAUUUGAUGGAUUUUUUUUCCAUGAAUUGGCUUGUUUUGCUUUGCCCUGCACCUUAGUGUAGAUACCGUUUCCCUUGUGUUGUUCUUUUUACCAAAUGUAGUGCAUAUUCCUAUUUUUAUAACAAUCAAAAGAUCACAGUUUGCAUCUGUGUCCUUUAAAUAUGCAGGGUCAGGAACUAAUGUUGCAACGCAACAGCGUAGUGCAAUUUUGCUCUUUAACUGUAUUUUUAAUUCAUUAGACUGUGUAUGAUUUAUUAGUCACAGUAAUGAAUGAUGAUGAAAUUGGCUUUGUAUUUGAAUUUCCCGUUCCACCUUAAAUGGUGCAGUAGUUACAUUCUGACACUUAACAUUUAAGGUGGAGCAGAAAACGAAAAAGUCUGUUUUUGCUUUUUUCUGAUUGGUCCAUUAAUUAACUUCUGUUGUCUACAAACUGAACCACUGUGUGAACAAUACAUAAAUUCUUGAAAAGAUGGUUCUUCAGGGGUUCUUUAGCAAAGAAAAUGGUUUUAUAUAGA